UCCCAGAGGUGGCUCGUAGCCGCCUUCAGUAUCCCUUAAAACUUUCCUUCUUCUCCAGCCAUUGCGGUUCUCCUCUUCGGCUCUGUUUUGCUGUUUCAGUGCUAAUGUCAACCCGCUGAAGGAGAGGGCUGCAGAUUACCCAUUAUAAGAUCGCUUCUUAUUGCUUUGCCCUUGCAGUUCAGCAUUGAAUUGUAUUCGAUGUCGAUGCUGGAUUCUCCCACAUGUUCCGUCGAUGCUGCGGCGUCUCACAAUACUGUUUUCAUUGACACCAGCCUCGGCACUCACUUGGCGAUGGCCGUCUCAGACGGUGAUAUCGUCUCUGAUAUCAAAAAAAAGAUAGAGAAGGAACAUCCACUGUGUUUUCCUCAUCUCGGGACCCUAAAAAUUCAUGCAAUUAAGGUAACGCGCAAAGGGCACUUCUAUCACCUUUCUGACUCCAUGUAUUUGAAAAGUGCAUUUGUUGGCUACAAUGACUGCUGGUUUCUUUCUGUUGAUGCUUCUAUUGUUGAUGGUCAGUCAACUGACCCUAAUACUGGCAAUCUUUCAACUUAUUUUGAAAGGGCAGGUGAUAUCUCCGUUGAUAGAAUAAAUGUUGCCAGAAAUAAUCAUGGUGGACAUUUACCUAACCAUGAUGCUCCACAAUUACAAAACAUUGUGACACAAGAAUAUGUCAAUGAGAAAGCCCCUAGUAGAAAAGAUUUAACGACUGAGAAGGAAGAAGUUACUCAUUCUGUUGAAACUUGCAGCAAACAUAAAUCGGGCAGGAUAAGGAAUGGCUAUGAAGGCCUCAGCGAAACACUGGAAUCUUUGCCUACUAUGAAGGUGAAUCGUAAAAGUAAGAAGAGAAAAACAAAAUUGAUUACUGAACACGAAGUUGUUAAUCAUACCGGUGAUGAUAAUGAUCAAAACCCAUUGCAGCAAGUCGUUGGAUCUGGUGAAAAAUCCAGGGAAUAUGCACAUAAUAAAGUUUUCGAUCAUCCAAUGAUGGAGAGAAAAUCCAAUGUAGGUGAACCUGGUCAGGUCUCAUCUUCUAGUGCUCGUGAUGAAUCUGAACAUGGAAGGACGCUUAAGUUUAAUUUAUCUGAGGAAGCUGAGGUUGAUGACAAAAAUUAUAAAUCCGAAUAUCUGAUGGAUGAUACUUCUUUGGUAGGUGCUGCACAGGCUGGGUUCAUUGCAAAAAAAAUGCCCAUGAUUGAAAUGACAAGUGGAGUAAUGAAUGGAGUGGAAGGAAACAGAGUUUUUGUUUCUGAAUCUAGCAAAGCGACAUCUACACCUAAGGUUACUUCCGAGUACUUGUCGGAUAUGAACCAAACUGCAAAAGUUGCCGUAGGUAGUUUGUCUACUGAACCUGAUGAUCAACUGCCCAAGACUGGUUCAAGUUAUGAGAAGAAGAAGACAAGGAAAAGGAAAAGUAAGUUGUCAUGUUGUCCAAAUGAGGCUUUUGGUUUGAUUUCAUCUAGAGUAGAGGAUCAACAGGAUGCAAGUCGAGAAUCUGAUAUAACAACUGUCCCCAGUCAAGAUAUUGAGGAGGCAUCAAUUCCCAACCUCCUGGGAGCAUCCAGGAAAAGGCACAAUGAUUCAAAUGAUAAAAUUGCAGAAAUUUCUGCACCGUCCUUGGUUGGAGAGUCCUGUGAUGAUAAGAACAACAUUGAACUUGGCGAUGUGCAAAGCAUAAGGAAUGCGUCUGAUAAAGCUGUGUUAGGAGUAAAAGGAAUGAUUGAUUCAAAGGACAUUGCCUCUAAAAGCAAGGAUCCCGCUGAUCUCCAGAAAAGCAUUAGUACAUCUGAGGAUGCCAAUAAUGUUCGAGGCAAUCAUCUUACGUGCAAAACCAGAAAGGUUGUUCCAAUUCUAGAGGGAAGAGAGUUUCUGCAGGUCACCGAUACAAAAGCCUCAAUGGUAGAGAACUGUCACUCAUCAAGCUGGGAUGGUACUGACGCUAACAUUAAAGCUGCUGAUAUUUCUGAAUCGGUACAUUUAAAGGGAACUACUGAAAACGCCAAGCAUGGUAAGAAAAGGAAGAUUAAAAAAUCUAGGGGUUCAGCAGAAGAAAGACAGAUUAAUUUAGUCACAAAAGGUGCUGGAGAUACUGCACAAGACAUUCUUCCAACCGAGCCACAAAGUUCUACUUUAGGUGAUAAUUCUUGUAGUAAAGCUGAGAUUGGAGAAAACAAUGUUUCUCUAAUGAAGGGAGAAACCACAACUAGUACUUCCUUAAUACCUGAUGUUAGGAAUAUAGAUAUAGAUAAACCAAUUAUAAGUAAGGUGGGACCUUCGAUGCAAAUCAACCAAACUCAAGCAGUAGCAAAAGACAUGGAUGGGCAAGUGAGAAAGAAAACUAAGAAGAGACCUGUGGCAUCAAUGAAAAGUACAUCAGACCUUCAAGAAGAAAGUAUCGGUAAUGAGGAUUCAUUCCCAUCAAAGAGAAUUGACAAGGAAGUAAAACCUAUGUCUAUAGCGGCAAAGAAAACUAAGUUUCCGAAAGCAAAUUUGAGGAAUGAAAUUGAAGAUGCGAAUUUGGACUCUACGCUGUUUUCUGAGGUUGAAACUACUCCUAGCAUUUGCAAGAAGUCUAAGACAGUUGGGCCCUCCCUCACUCCAUCUCUCGUUUCUGAAGGCUAUGAAGAGAGGCCUAUUGAAGCAAAUAGAUGUAGCAACACCACUAAAGAUGGUACUACUGAUAAUGUUGACAAUCACGAUGAAGUUCCUUAUAAAAGCGAUAAAGUUGGCAUUGAGGAAAAGGCUGUCGAACUCCAACACGAAUCCGUUGAAGUGCAUGUCGACAAGUUGAGUAGAGAGAAAAGUCCAGAUACUUCGCUCAAAUCUAAAAGAAAAAAGAAAAGUCUAAGUGUCUGCUCUUCUGCGGUCUCCUUGAGUACGCAGAACAAACAGAAGUCAGAUGAAAACACAGAGACUGAGGAACAUUGGCAAACUAGCAACUCUAGCGCCCUCAAACUUCAUGUUGACAAUAAGCUAAAGAAAAAUUCAAGAGGUGGGGUAAAUUCUCUGCCUUCUAAUGAGCAUAAGCAGCAAACCUCUGACUCUAAUAAAGCAGCUAGGGUGAGGGAAAAAGUUGUCGAUUCUUCUCGGGGCAGUACUGAAAUAUACAGUGAGACUCCUGCUUUACCAAAAGCAAGACCCAAGUCGAAAAACUCAGCAAAUAUGGCUCAACAGGACCAAAAGCAUAGGGGAAGUCAAUCUACUGUUAUUGGCCAUCCUCUGGGUGAACAAAAACCUUCUCGGAGUGGGAAGCAAGAUGAUACUCAAUCACAACGAAAGAACUUGUUGCUUACAUCAGGAGGCAUAUUUAAGGAUGCUAGCAGUGAUAGUUCUGAGGAUGAAGGUGGAAUUGCUGAUUCAGAUGCUAGAUCUCCUGAUAAUUCACUAAUAUCCAACUUCUCAGACGGUGAAAGCAAUGGAUCUGUUGACUUGGAAAGAACAAACACCCGUAGAAGUAUGAGAAAGAAAGAGCCUUCAAGCCCUGAGAAUAUGACCCUCGACAUAAUCCUUCGAAGUUCAAGUAGGUAUAAGAAGGCAAAGCUCACAGCUGUGCAAUCACUACAAGAUGAUACUGAAAGCCAGCCUGUCGAUUUUGUUCCAGACAGUCAGCCUAAUAUUUAGUUUGUUAUCGUCAUUUACCUCCUCUCGGAGCAAUUUUCCAGAAUUCAUUGCCUAAACCUUCUUGUGCUUGUCUAAGUUUGUUAAUGGAGAUUGUCAAGAUAUCAAAAUUUUGUGAACUGAAGAAAUCACAAGGAAAUGAGAUCCUUGGGUUCUUUCGAUGCUUGCAUGAUGUUUCCAUGCUGAGUCUAUUCUGUUACAUAACCAAAAAUAUUAUUUUGAAGUAAAUUAUCAGUGGAACCCAACUCUAUGCUUA